UCCGUUUUUGCAGGGUUUUUUUUUCGCCCUUGGUAGCUACUUGUGGUUGGAAGCUCUCAUCCGGUGUAGCAUAUUCGCCAGAAAAAUGGUUUCAUAUUGGAGACAAGCAGGGCUAAGCUAUAUUAGGUACUCGGCAAUCUGCGCCAGGGUCGUACGGGCAGCCCUGAAACCCCAGUUGAAAACAGAGGCUGUGAAAAAUGCCGAAGCCAGCGUGAAAGUCACUAAAUUGAAGACAGUUUCAUGAGCUGUGACGGAAACCUAUUAUCCAAGUUUCAUGGAAAGAUUAAGGAUUAGAUAUUUCCACCCCACCAAAAGAUGGUAGAAGACUUUAGUUUAACACAGUUUAUCCAUUUAAUAAUAAAUUAUGAUUAAUCCCAAA